CAAUAUAAAGUACUUAGUAAUUGUUUUAACAUGCCGGCUAUUUUACUUAAACUGGCCCUUUUAGGGAUCAUAUGCCAGCAGUUAUAUAUGACAACGGCAGCGUCCAAUGAACAGAGUGCACCUAUUGUCGGUGGUUCACGUGCCGUAUUAGGUCAAUUUCCCCAUCAUGUACUUUUGCGUAGAGAUGCAAAAGAUCAAUUGUUAUGUGGUGGUUCUAUAAUUUCCGAGAAAUGGGUUUUAACAGCAGCUCAUUGUGUUUAUAACAUGACCUCCGUUCAUAUGGAAUUUGGUACCAUAGAUCUCUAUGUUGAUGGUGUUAUUAUGAAUUCUUCAAAAUUUUAUAUACAUCCCAAAUACCAACCCGUCAUUCUAAUGGAUGAUGUUGCUUUAAUCGAACUACCUUCGCCCUUGAAAUUUGACAAAAACAUAGAUGCCAUUCCAUUGGUACCUUCAAAACAUGCCAACAAUGAUUUUGUGGGUAAACUUGGCUCUGUAACCGGCUUUGGUUGGCCCGCCGAUCAUGCUAAUGAAUUUUCGAAAUAUUUAUUAUGGGGCACGGUGGAAGUUAUCAGUAAUACGGAUUGUGCUAAGAAAUUAAAUGAAUCUUUUAUAGAGGCUUCAGGUAUGUGUGCGGUUCCUUAUAGUGGUACGAAUAUGUCACCCUGUAAGGGUGAUUCUGGUGGUGCUUUAAUUUGGAAAAAUGAAGAUAGAAAAUUUGUACAAAUCGGCAUUAUAUCGUCGACAAAGAAAAAUCAUUGUUCAGAAUAUCCUGUAACUUAUGCGAGAGUUACAUCGUUUUUGGAUUAUAUACACAAUAUAACGGGUUUAAAGUUUGAUUGAUUUUAUAUAUUUGCUCUUAAUUAAAGAAGAUUUCAUUGGAAAAAAUUUGAAAAAUAAAAUUGAGAUUGUUUUAUUUUGUAUACCGAACAACAAAACCCCCGAGGUUUCUAUACGAAUCUAUUAAGCCGUUUACAAAUUGUUAACAAAUAAACGUUACCCUAAGUCCCCCUAUAUUAUGCGACUUUCUUAAGAUUUGUUCUGAAUUUCCGGCAGCUUC